CUUGUGUUGAUGCGCGUUCGCGAAUCAGUCUGAAUGAAAAAUAUAAUGGCGUUGAUGGGAAGACUAGUUUAAAAAAGUAGAGAGGGAUUUGAGGAAUGUGACACCUGUAGGUGGAUGUGGAGGGUGGAGCUGUGGACGGGAAGGAGGAGCUGCUCUGUAAGUGUGUCACCUUACUAUUUCCUGGAGUCUUCAGAUGAAUUAUUAAGCGACCCUGACAGUAUAAAGCCUCACUGUCAGACAGAAACCUCUCCUCACUCGUCCAACAUGGUCUGCCCGACGCUCUUUUGGAGGCUCGUGUUUGUGACGCUGAUGUUUGACGCUCACAGAGCUCAGGAGUGUGAGGAGAUGACGGACCUGGAUCUGAAGCACUCUCUGGCCGGGACGUCUCUGAGAGUGAGGUUACUGCUGUACACACGGCCCAAUGUGUCCUGCGCUGAGCUGCUGUCCCACCAAGAGCCCUUCAGAAACCCUCGCUUCAGCCUCAGCUCCCCGACCACCUUCCUCAUCCACGGCUACCGGCCCACCGGCUCACCUCCCAUCUGGCUCACGCAGUUCGUGCAGUUCCUCCUGCAGCGCCGCGACAUGAACGUCAUCGUGGUGGACUGGAACCGCGGAGCCACCAACAUAAACUACUGGAAGGUGGUGGAUAACACACGCAAGGUGGCCGCAAACCUUACCCAGCUCAUCCAGAAGAUGACGGAGAACGGGGCUGAUCUCCGCUCCAUACACAUGAUCGGUGUGAGUUUAGGGGCCCACAUCUCAGGUUUCACUGGGGCCAGUUUUAAUGGAAGCAUCGGCAGAAUAACAGCGCUGGACCCGGCGGGGCCCAUGUUUAACGGUCAACCCCCCAGCGAGCGUCUCGACCCGUCUGAUGCCCAGUUCGUGGAGGUGCUGCACACAGACAUGGACGCGCUGGGCUAUCGUGAUGUCCUGGGUCACAUCGACUAUUACGCAAACGGCGGAGCGGAUCAGCCUGGAUGCCCCAGAACCAUCUUUUCAGGCUCGCAGUAUUUCAAGUGUGACCAUCAGAGGUCAGUGUUUCUCUACAUGAGCUCUGUGAACGGCUCCUGUCCCAUGACGGCGUACCCCUGUGAAUCCUACACACUCUUCCAGGACGGGAAGUGCAUGGACUGCGGGAUGUUCGCGCCGGACGGAUGCCCUGUUUUCGGUUAUGAUUCUGUGCGCUGGAAGGACCGGCUGCUGCAGUUGGGACAAACGAGGACAUAUUUCCAAACUAAUAAAGCAUCUCCAUUCUGCAAGUUCGGUUAUAAGGUUGAUAUUGUCACAUGGAACCAGAAAACACACUGGGGAUAUUUAACAAUUAAAUUAAGCAACGGACAAGAAGAGGCACAAGUUGAACUCAACCAUAAAUCCCUGAUGUUUGAGAGGUUUGUGGAGAGCAGCAUUCUGGCUCAGUUUGACCGAGACGUCCAGCCUGUGAAAGAGAUCACGCUCAAGUUCUGUACGGGGAAAGGAAUCCGUCCGCGCAAGAAACUGCGGCUCCUGAGCAUCCGCCUCACUCCUCUACAGAACAACCUCAGGCCUCUGUGUCGCUACGAUCUUCUGCUGGAGGAAAAUAAAGACGUGGUGUUCAGACCGAUCCCCUGUGAAGACUCCAACUUCUGAUCCAGACUCUCUCUCGGUCCGUUACUGACACGCUGUGCUUCAGAUGAUCU